AACUAGUGACGACCAUAUGAGUUUGACAGAUCGUGGAGCGGAGCUGACUGAGGUGAAAACCCAAAAAACUUUGGGAAUAACAAGCCCUUCUCCAUUCGACCAACAUACACGAGUAACCUUCAGGAUAUGCAACUAAUGAACAAAAAGGCGACAAAGCUAGUAACAUUUUAAUUUUACAAAGUCCCACCUCGAGUUUGUCAAGUAGAAGAAACAAUGUUCCCGUGUUUUCGACGUUAAUGAACGUGGAAUAGAGCAGGCAAGGAACACCUCAUCAGGCGAAAGUCGGACUGUCCAGGAUCCAACUAGCUCAGCUACCUAGCUACUGCUUGGAUCAGUUGUUUGCAUGCAGCAAAGGGCGGGAAUGGUGACACCAUGAUCGAGGGUGGCUGAGAGUCAGGGGAAGCCACACAGCGGCAUGGAGGGCACCAGGGCCACCAUCUUGGCGCCGGUCAGGAGCGACGAUGCUCGGCGGGAUCGGAAGCGGCGUGUCGGGGGUUCUGUAAGGAAGGGGGGUGUCUGCCAGAACAGGACAGCCUCCCCACAUGGGGAGUACACCUCGGACGGAGAGAAGGAGCCGGAGUCAGCCUUGAAGGAACUGAAACCAAAGGGGCUGGGCAAAUGGGAUACUGAGGGGAAGAGAGGAGCGGAGGUGUCGCCUGAGGGGGAGGACGUCCUUUGCUCCUGGGAAAUGGGCUCUCAGGAUCAGGAGAUAGAGGAGGGGAAACAGAAGGGGAGUAGUAACAGCCAGAGCACCUCCAAUACGGAUAGCCCUGCCCCCUCCAGCAGCUGCACAGAUCUGUCCCAGACGUCGUCUCCAUCGCUGUCGGACCAGCUCUUCCUGGGUCGAGAGGAAGGGACGGGGGCCGGGAUCAACGUGGAAUGUCGGAUCUGUGGAGACAAAGCCUCGGGGUUCCACUACGGAGUACACGCUUGUGAAGGCUGCAAGGGCUUUUUCCGCCGGACCAUCCGUAUGAAGCUGGAGUACGAGCGCUGUGAGCGCAGCUGUAAGAUCCAGAAGAAGAGCAGGAACAAGUGCCAGUACUGCCGCUUCCAGAAGUGCCUGCUGCUGGGCAUGUCCCACGACGCGAUCCGGUACGGCCGCAUGCCGGAGGCGGAGAAGAGGAAGCUGGUGGCGGGCCUUCUGGCGGGAGAUACGGCCCCGACCACCAACCCCAACGGCUCGGACCUCAAAUCCCUGGCCAAGCGGGUCAACAACGCCUACCUGAAGAACCUCAACAUGACCAAGAAGAAAGCUCGCAGCAUCCUCACCGGCAAGAAUAGCUCCAGCCCGGUAGCGUAUCCAUAUCCCUUCGUGAUCCACGACAUGGACUCGUUGCACCAGGCUGAGAACGGGCUGGUGUGGAACCAGCUGAUCAACGGGACGCCGCCCAACAAGGAGAUAGGGGUUCACGUGUUCUACCGCUGCCAGUGCACCACGGUGGAAACGGUCAGGGAGCUCACGGAGUUCGCCAAGAGCAUCCCCGGCUUUGUAGACCUCUUCCUCAACGACCAGGUGACGCUGUUGAAGUACGGCGUGCACGAGGCCAUCUUCGCCAUGCUUCCCUCGCUCAUGAACAAGGAUGGGCUGCUGGUGGCCAACGGGAAGGGCUUUGUGACCCGGGAGUUCCUGCGCAGUCUGCGGCGGCCCUUUAGCGAGAUCAUGGAGCCCAAGUUUGAGUUUGCCGUUAAGUUCAACGCCCUGGAGCUGGACGACAGUGACCUGGCCCUGUUUGUGGCCGCCAUCAUCCUCUGUGGAGACCGUCCGGGGCUGAUGAACAUCAAGCAGGUGGAGGAGAUUCAGGACAGCAUCUUGCAGGCCCUAGACCAGCACCUGCUGGGCAACCACGCUGACUCACAUUACCUCUUCCCCAAGCUGCUCAACAAGAUGGCCGACCUGCGCCAGCUGGUCACAGAGAACGCCAUGCUGGUCCAAAAGAUUAAGAAGACUGAGUCAGAGACCUCACUGCACCCGCUGCUGCAGGAGAUCUACAAGGACAUGUACUGACUGGACUGAACUGGUUUUAGCUUUCUACAACAGCGGUGCUGUUCACUCACUCCUGUUUCCUGUGAGUGGGAGUCACAGGGGGUGCAUGUUUUUUGUUCCAGCACUAACACACCCGGUUCAACUCCUCAGCCAAUCAAUCACGACCUUGAUCAGUUGAGUCAGGUGUGUCAGCGUUUUUAUUCUCAUGUUUUUUUAAAUAAAAGCCUGAGGAAAACGGA